AUGUUCCCAGCUGCUGCUCCUUCGAUAUACCAGUCGCCGAAAUGCCUCGUCACAUAUGGUAGUAUGGGCCAUGUUGACACUAAACAAGCACCUCGCAAGGGCAAGCCUUGGUCCUCGGUUAUGUCGCUGGAUUUCGUUCAUAAGGUUGAUGUGAUUCUGCCUACAGCGGCCUACGAUGCAGUCAGUGAACAUCUUGCCAAUACUCAGAAGCCACCGCGCUAUUCAAGGGUGGUAAUGUCGCUUGGGGAUGUUGUGCAAGGCGAUUUCUUCACAGAGUACAUCAGAAAAGGCGAUAUUAUGAUGCUCUCAGAAGGGCAAACAACUGUUGACACAUUGUUCACGUUACAUGAAGGUGUUCUGACUAUGUUUGUCGACAAAGAGACAUUUGAGCGCGCAGGACUCCCUGGUAAACCAUACGGCCCGAAGGGUGGAAGGGCAUCAAAACCUCGAUGGGCUCCCAGUCCAGAUCCCCUACAGCAGUUCUUCCCCACAGCUUUCACCUCAACACCCAAUUUGUCUCGAGAUCUCCCCAUUCUUCAGCCAAGUCUUGAAGUUGACCCAGAAGUUCUUGCCGAAAAUGACCGCGAGGCCCUCGAAUGGUUUGCCACGGAGAGUUACGAGUGGAUAUCACUUGUUCGCCUGGGUAGCCCGCGUGUUGAGUCUCAGGACAAUCUGCAAAUUGAGCUGGGAAGGUUUCAUGUCGGCACCGUGGUUGAGGGGUUUACUCAUGGAAGUUCUGGCUGCUUGCCCUUCGGGGACAUGGUUCUCUUUGAGUGCCACUUGCUUCUCGAAGAGUGUGUCGGGUAA